ACCGCCACCGCCAUCGUCGGUGCCGUACGUCGUCACCGCGGGAGGUGGUCUCAGAGAAACCUCAUUUCUCCUGAGACCCUUCCGGCGGUGAGGCAGGCGCCGGCGAGCCGCACAAUGGCGGCCGGCUCCGUCAUGGCGAGGAGCCACCUCCACAUUCUCCUGUACGUCCUCGCCACAGUCGUUGUGACCGCGGCGGCAGAGGCGCCGGUAGAGAAAACGCCGCUGCCGGCAUACAACCUCACCGCCGACGAGGAGUACUGGGCGAAGCGGGCUGAGGAAGCUCGCGAGUACAGCCGCGAUGCAUACGUGAGCGACCCCGUGGCCUUGCUUAACCGCUUCAACCGGGAUGUGCACCGGGCGACGGAGCGGCGGUCGCUGGCCAGGAGGUACGGCGGCCCGUGCGUGGCGACGAACCCCAUCGACCGGUGCUGGCGCUGCCGUGCCGACUGGGCCAGCGACCGGCAGCGGCUCGCCACCUGCGCUCGCGGCUUCGGCCACAACGCGGCGGGCGGCGCCGGUGGCAGGACCUACGUGGUGACCGACCCGAGCGACGACGAGCUCAUCGUCCCUAAAAAAGGCACGCUCCGGUUCGGCGUGAUCCAGGACCGGCCGCUCUGGAUCGUCUUCGCGCGGUCCAUGGUGAUCAGACUCUCCCAGGAGCUCAUCGUGAACAGCAACAAGACCAUCGACGGCCGCGGCGCGCAGGUGCACAUCACGGGCGCCCAGAUCACGCUGCAGGGCGUGAAGCACGUCAUCAUCCACAACGUGCACAUCCACCACUCGGCGCCGCACUCCGGUGGCAUGAUCCGGGACUCCAAGCACCACUACGGGCGGCGCACCCGGAGCGACGGCGACGGCGUCUCCAUCCUCUCCUCAAGCAACGUGUGGAUCGACCACGUGUCCAUGUCCAGUUGCGCCGACGGCCUCAUCGACGUCGUCAGCGGCUCCACCGCCAUCACCGUCUCCAACAGCCACUUCACCAACCACGACCACGUCAUGCUCUUCGGCGCCAGCAACGCCCAGGAGCAGCAGGACAGGAUGAUGCAGGUCACCGUCGCCUUCAACCACUUCGGCAAGGGCCUCGUGCAGCGCAUGCCGCGCUGCCGCUUCGGCUUCUUCCACGUCGUGAACAACGACUACACGCACUGGAAGAUGUACGCCAUCGGCGGCAACCGCGACCCCACCAUCAUCAGCCAGGGAAACCGGUUCAUCGCGCCCGAUGACCCCAAUGCCAAGGAGGUGACCAAGCGGGAGUACACGCCCUACAACGAGUACAAGGACUGGGUGUGGAAGUCGCAGGGGGACGUCAUGAUGAACGGGGCCUUCUUCAACCAGUCCGGCGGCCAGAACGAGCGCACGUACGGCAACAUGGACUUCAUCCCUGCCAAGCACGGCAAGUAUGUCGGGCAGCUCACGCAGUUCGCCGGCACGCUCGACUGCCGCGUCGGCAAGCCCUGCUAGUGAAACUCAAUUACGUCCCGCCUUGCUUGCCGGUUAAUCAAUUGCCUCUCCGGUCAUAGAGUUGUACGCGCGUGCAUGUAACUCGUCUAUGGUAACCGUCUCAGAAUGAAAAGUGUAUUAUAUCC